AUGUCUGAAUUCGUUGACAUAUUCCACUUUAUUCGAAUCCUACUUUGCAUUGCCUUCGUUAUCCCCGGCUUUAUUCACAAUGGCGCCGUAUUGGGGCAGACUACCUCAAUCCUCACUUCCAGAGCUACUGAAACAUUUGUCGAAAUCCAUAUUAUUAUUUCGACGGCUGUGAAAAACCUACCCUCUUGUCCUUGUCCAACUUCCCCCCUAGCCCAAGUAGACCUCGCAGUUGACCUAUUGACCACCGCGACAUUUCUCGGAGCCCCAACUGAGUCGGCCGUAGUGGUGGAAUUGCUGUUUACCACACCCGUUCAAGCUGCUCCGGCACAAGGAACCAUGUCCACAGUAUCUUCUUACUUUAUAAACAGGUUUGAAGACCAGAUUGUUGUUGAUAGCAAUCCGCUUGCCCUUUAUCUUGGCAGUGACAGGAGCCUUUCACAAGCAUCUGAUAUAUCCCACCGUCUAUACAUCUCUCUCCCUCCCGGAACCAAGGGUGGGAAGCUUAUACAGCGGUUUAAGGAUCUACUACCUAUAUCAAUUGGAGAUAGUACGAAGGACACAGUCUUCAAUGGUUUCGUUAAAGGCGAGGAUAGCUAUCUAAAUUUUAAUAUUACUACGACAGACGGGACCUUUGUUCUAGGGUUUACAAUUUGUCCUGAGGAAGAAUUUGAAUGGAGCUUUGUGGGACAAAGAAUCUAUAUGUACGAUAUGACAGAGGAAUCGCUUUCAAGCGGCUGCCUUGCUGGAGCGGCUAAGAUAUUGUCGUACAGUGAGUAUGCUAUGAGAGAAAUUAGUGGGUUAUCACAUCUUUCUACUCAGGAUUGA